GCGGCGCACGAACACGGCCGAGGUCUCAACGCCUCAAACCCCCAGGUCCCCAUCACCGCGCGCCUCGGCUCCCCCGCCUCCCUUCCGCCGCCCCACCCGCCUCCCAGCGCGCGCGCAGCGAGAGGGCGACCGGUCUCCGCCUCCGUCGCCGCCGACCGAGCCCCCCACCGAGAUCAAGAAGCAGAUCACCACCCAUCUUCCUGCCCAUACUGAUCGGUCAACCCACAUCGGAGCACCCGGUAAUGGCUGUGGUCACGCGGUGGACGCCGUGGUGGCGCUCUUCUCGCUGACCAUGGCCGUGGCGGUGCUGCUGUUCGACUCCCAGGUCGUCCUCCCGCCCGGCCUUUACCCGGCGCCGCUGGUGGGCAUCUUCCGGUGGUUCGUCGCCGAGUUCGGCCACUACGUCGUGCCCGACCCGCCGCCCUUCUUCUGCGGCCUGGUCUGGCUCGACCUCGCCUUCCUGUGGCCAGUCAGCGUCGCCAACCUCUACGGCAUCCUCACGCGCCGCCGCUGGUCCGCCGCCACCUCCCUCAUGGCCGGCGUCCACAUGCUCACCUACCUGUCUGCCAUGUUCGGGAAGAUGUUGGGUUCAGGGAGAGCAACACGGAAGCUGCUGCAGCUGUACGCUCUGUUCGUCGUUUUUGCUGUAGCUUCAGUCGUGCCUGGCCUCUGCUGGUGCUCAACACAGGCUACGCCGGCAGGCUCGUCACCUGCGCAUCCUGCUCGGAAGAAGAGGGUCUAAGUCCCUGAGAUCACACAUCAGGAGGAAAUUUCAGUUCUUUUUACUUGAAACUUGAAAAUAUGUAAAAGGUUUGCACACAUUUUUUAGAAAAAUGUUUUAUUGUACACUUUCAGCUUAGGAGUUCUGGAUUAGUCAGCAACUAUAAUCUUUUCUCAAUGUGUCAACAAUCAUAGUGAAUGAACAAACAGAGCAGAACGAUUGCAAAGCGCUCAAUUCAAAUAGUCAUCGGUCUCGGUUUUGUCUAU